AUGAAAUCAAGAGUAUUUAUAGGUGUAGUUGUUCUGUUGUUACAACUGAUAGAUUCAAUAAAUGGUCAAGAAUUCAAUCAAUCGAAUAUCUAUACAUUGCCUUCGUCGGCAGAGUUGAAACGAUUGCUCAGAGAAGAUGUAAAGCGAAUGUUCUAUCAUGGUUACGAUAGUUAUAUGAAAUACAGUUUUCCAAUGGAUGAAUUGAAACCACUUUCAUGUAAAGGUUCCGAUACAUUUGGAAAAUAUGCUUUAACAUAUAUAGAUAGUUUAGAUGCGUUGUUGGUUAUGAACAAUUUGACAGAGUUUGAAAAAGGUGUACAAUGGACUAUCGAUAAUAUCAGUUUUGCAAAGGAUAUCAAUGUUUCGGUGUUUGAGACGAACAUUCGUGUGUUGGGUGGAUUGCUGUCCGCUCAUAUGUGGGCAGAGAAACUGCUGCCGGCUUACAAAGGCGGACUGUUGCCGCUGGCAGCGGAUCUAGGCGAUCGUUUGUUGCUGGCGUUCGAUUCACCCACCGGCAUUCCAUACGGUGCCAUCAACUUGGAGCGUGGUGUUCUCAAGGGAGAGACAACCGUUACUUGUACGGCGGGUGGCGGUACUUUUGCGCUGGAAUUCGGUAUACUCAGUCGACUCACCAACAAUCCAAAGUAUGCGGUCGCUGCGAAACGCGCGGCAAAAGCACUCUGGAAAUACCGGUCAGAGUUGGAUCUGCUCGGGAAUCACAUCGAUAUUGCAACGGGCGAGUGGACAAUCAAGGAGUCGGGCAUCGGUACUGGUAUCGAUUCGUUCUUUGAGUACAUGUUGAAAGCUGCCAUCUAUUUCGACGACGAGGAGUACAUGCAGAUGUUUUUGGAUUCGUACAAAGCGAUUUUGAAAUACAUUCGAAAGGAUCCCUGGUACAUAGAGGUUCACAUGAGCAAAGCGAUCAUCAUUUGGCCAAUCUACAAUUCGUUGCAGUCGUUUUGGCCGGGUCUACAGACGAUGGUUGGCGAGUUGGAAGAAGGAUUCUCCACCAUCAAAGCAUUCCACUCGGUUUGGCGAAGAUUUGGAUUCAUUCCCGAAGGUUACAAUCUAAUGUCUGGAAAUGUACAGCCAGGUCAGCGUUCGUACCCACUGCGUCCAGAACUAGCGGAAUCGCUCUACUACAUGUAUCAAACAACCAAAGAUCCCGUCUACAUAAAAAUGGCAAGAGAUUUAGUUUGGUCACUUUCCAACUUGACAAGAUGUGUAAGUUUUCAUUAA